UUUAACAGUAAAAUAUCUUUAAUGGAACAGUUAGUAGUGAAGUAUUGAUGUGUGUACCGAUGGAAUUUAAAAUGAAAUGUUUCGAAGUAAUAACAGUCGCACUACUUCUCAGGACACCAGUAUAUAUGACACAGAGUGUCGAACCAGUUUUCGUUGUAACUAAAAACCGUUGUAUAACAAACAGUGAAUCUGGUAUAGUGUUUAAUCCUCCCGUUGAUGAAGUAACGGAAAGGACUGGGAAUACUUCGUCUCGUUUUUAUCCUGACCAACAAAAGGAACACGUAUGCAAUAUUGAAUAUGAUGAGGACUGUAGUCGUGAAUACAUUUCUGAUGACUGGUGUCUUAUUCAUUCAGUUAAUGGAGAAAUUAACGACGAAGUUUUUGAUCGCAGAUGGGAAGAAUUCAGGAUUUAUAAAAGCAGGCAUUUGCAGAAGGACGAAACUUUAUUGUUUAAAGAAGUACUUAAUAUCAGGAUUACAAAGACCGACUUCGUAAUACCUUUUUCAGUGCGUCUUGAAAAUGAAGGACACGUUUUUCUUUGUGAAGAUGACAUUAAUAAUUCAAAUUGUUACUGGAUAAUGUUAGAAGCUUGGGCUGGUAAAAAAUCUGCUUUAAGGAGGUGUAAUGCGGGAUAUAUACCCACUGAAAACAAGCGAUACCCUAAUGAGUCUUGCAGUACAUUAAAAGCUGAGUUUCAUCACACAGAAAAAAUGAUAAGCGAUGAAUUUUGGACCCACUUCAAAAUAUCCGUGAAAAAUGGUACUAUUUCUGUCAAGAAAAGCAAUGAAGAGUCAGAAUUAUUAAAUUUCAAUGAUGACAAUCCCUUUUCACCCAGGCGCAUAUUUGUUCACAGCAAAAAAAAAGUUGGUCUCUGGAAAUUUCACACAUAUACUUACCUCUAUUCCACUACUACAUCAAAACGUUAUAGACAAUUGGGUAAAUCAUUUACACUUCAAAAAGAGGUUAACUACUGUAUGGCAUUUUUCGUAAUUAUGUGUAGCGAAUGUGAAUUAAUGAUUACUGUGGCAAUGAAGGAACUAACGCAUGUCCAAAAUGUUAUUACAAAGGAUCAAAAGUGGAAAGAAGUAAAAAUUUUUUUGAAAUCCAACAAAACGGAAUACGUUGGAAUGUAUUUCACGUCUAAGAAUCGAGGAUCACAAAAACCAUUUUGGGGUAUUGACAGCGUACGACAAUGUGCAGAUAAUGAAUAUAGGAUAUUAUCGUCUUCAACCGAUAACGUCCCUUGUCAGCUUAUUGCAAAUGAUAAGUCCAUGGAUACACGAGAAACAAAUGAAAUCCGUGACAUAAGAGCAAACUGUUCGGAGGAUACAUUUGGGGAAAAUUGUAUACCUUGUUCCGCAUUAGAUGGUUCUUUUUGCCCUUCAUUCAAGUACUGUGAAUUAUAUGAAAAUAAAACGUUUUGUCACUGUACUUCCGGAUUUCACACAGAAUCUUGUAGCGAAGAAUGCAUAUCGGGAUAUUAUGGUCAUGGUUGCAAAAAGCAGUGUAACAAUUGUGUCCAGGGAUGCGAUAAUAUCAAUGGAAAUUGUAAAAAAGGUGAAUGCUUUGAAGGUUUUCGAGGAACAAAAUGCGACGACCCUGUAGCUCCCUUGCUGAAAUAUGCUCCUGGGGUUAUGAGCAUAGCAGAAACUUCAUGUAUCGUUUAUAUACAAAAUGAUGAGGUAAUUGGUGAUAGAGCUACUAUUAAAUAUAUCCGUUUCGAGUAUAAGAGAGAUAUGGAUAAUAAGUGGAAAAUUAACAGUGAAAGAGAUUUUCUAAGCAUUCAGUACAUAACCGACAAAAUUUAUAAUUUAGAAGCGGAUACCACAUAUUAUGUUCGAGCUGUACUUUAUUCAAAUUUGUCCGAUAUUUACGAAGGAGGUGCAAUAAAACAAAAAUCCUUUGUUACAACUUGCAUUCCAUAUAAUCUCAAUAAUAUUAAUAUUAAAACGUACAACACAACGGCUACAGUUCAAUUGGUGAAGAAAUCUGCUAAAACAUGCCGAAUCAGUAAUUAUAAAUAUAGUCUGGAUGAAGGAAAGGAAAAAUAUGUGAAAGAAGAAUUUGAAUUACCUAAUCUAAAACCGUUUCGAACGUAUAAACUCACUCUCCGACACGUUAAACAUGGAAACGUAGCAAUACCGUUUAAAACAAAAGAAGGAGUUCCUUCCAAAGUGGAAAAGUUAGAAACUAAAUAUUCCUCCUCAACUACGAUAUUAUUAGAAUGGAAUGAGCCUUUAGAACCAAAUGGAAUUGUAACAUACAACGUAAGAUAUAAGAUGCAAAAAGUGGACUGCUCUUACAGUUUCAGCAAUAGUCUAAAUGUUUCAACUACACAAAUAUAUCUGCCUAAUGUGAAACCUUACUCUAUAUACGAAAUAGAAGUUCGUGCCCAAACAAGCCAAGCAGCAGGGGAAUACUCACAGAUAAAAGUGAAAACAAAUUAUUCAGAAAGUUUAUCACAGAGCGAAUUACCCAAAAUUAAAGUAAAGGAUACAUCUUCCAAUAAAGCAAGUGUCAGUAUAACGCCCGCAAAGUGUGAGGAUAUUCAGGGACCGAUUUACUUAAACUUUGUAGCAAAAUGUGAAUAUUGUCAUAAAAAAGUACAUAAUAAUAUUACCACAUCUGCCACAACUACCUCAUAUGAUGUUAGAGAUUUAUACCCAUAUAUAAAUUAUAAUCUAGAUGUAUCAGCAACUAGAAAUCACAGAAAUUGGGUUUUCGUUACAACCGAGGAUUUUACAACAAAACCCUCAGUUCCUACUAAAACAGACGAAAUGUACGUUGUAUCUAAAGAUGGAAAUUCAAUUUCUCUUCGAUGGAAACCUCCUCCGCCUACUGGUAUUUUAGCCGAAUAUAAAAUAUUUUAUAACACAGGAGAAAUGAAAACAAAUAUCACGCAAUGUUCGCUAUGGACAGACUAUCACUGUGCAACAAUUAAAAACAUGGUGGAAGAAACAAACUACGAGAUUAAGGUUUAUGCCAGAAAUGAACAACCCAGUACAUAUUCUCAAAUUGCUACAUCAUUUCAUGUAACAACUAAAAUCGACGUACCACAUUCUCCUUACGAUGUGAUAACGACAUGGACCGAUAACAAUGAUCUGAGUAUAUCUUGGAAGCAUCCCAAUGUCACAAACGGAAAAAUUAAGAAAUUUACAAUCAAUUUUAAGCCUGACCUGAACCAAAACUUUUCAAAGGAAAUUAAAUCUGAAAACGAUUAUAACUUAACGUAUACGUACUUGAUUCAGAAAAAACACUUCACCAAACCAUGUACAAAAUACAAUGUGAGUGUAACUGUUCACAAUGAACAGUAUCAAAAUGAGUCUAAUAAAUACGAAGAAUGGAGCCCCCCACCAGUGCAUAAUAUUUCUAACAAUACGAUCAAAAUAACUAACGACACGAACCACACCAUAUUCAUUGAGAUUUCUAAGAUUGAGGACGAUGAAGAAACUGUUAAAAAUUGCAGCAGAAUGUUUUAUAUUCUAACUUCUUCGUCAACUGAUAAAGAAAAAAUUGAAACUGAUAUAAAUAUAUUUGAAAAAUAUUUGAAAAAUAAUUCAUAUCGUCAAACACUCGGCAAUAUUAAAGAGCACGUUAAAAAAGAUCUAAAUGUGUUGCCCUAUAACGAAAUGAUCUACACAAAUGAUUCAGUUGGUAAAGUAAACCGCUUGUACAUAUACUUUGUUAACGAAUGUUAUGGGAAAAUCGAAAUAAAGAAAGUAGAAAAGAAUCCAUUUUCAGACCCGGAGGUUGGCAAUAAAGGCUUAUAUGCCUUAAUAUUAUUAAUAUUAUUGGUGCCAUUAAUCGUUUAUAUAUACUUAUACAAGAUAAAAAAGAAACAGACAAGUGAGAGAAGCUUAAUGUCGAUUAUUAAACCACAACGAAGGAAAGAUAUAGAGGAGGUACCUUUAAGUGAAAAUGAUCCAGCCAAAUCCAAUAAUAUAAGGAAAUCGUCUAUAAAACAGAAAACAAUGUUACCUUUACCUGCUUCAUACGUCUUAAAAACUAAAUUUUCUGAACCAGUAAAGAUUAUUGAUUUUGAAUCAUAUGUGAGAAGAGCGAUUGAGACAGGAGAGCUAGAGAAACAGCAUGAGAAUUUUCCUCGAGGCCAGACAAAACCAUGGGAGUACGGUGCUUUAAAAGUUAAUAAAUCAAAAAAUCGGUACAAUAACUUGAUUGCAUAUGACCACACUAGAGUGAAGCUAGCUAAGGUCAAUGGGAACGAAUAUUCGGACUAUAUUAAUGCAAAUUACAUAGAUGGAUAUAGAGUCCAAAAGGCAUACAUCGCUACCCAAGGCCCUAAAUCGACUACCCUUAACGACUUCUGGAGAAUGAUAUGGCAAGAAAAAGUUAAAAAUAUAGUAAUGUUAGCUAAUGUCUAUGAAGGAGGAAAGAAAAAAGUUGAAAAAUAUUGGCCAAACAUCAAUGAAGAAAUUGAUUUUAAUGGAAUACGUGUUCAAUAUGUAUCAUCAAAAGUAUAUGCAAAUUAUGAAUAUAGGGUAUUUAAAGUUUAUAACAGAAACGAACAAAGAGAGGUCGAUCAAUUACAUUUUACAACUUGGCCCGAUCACGGAGUACCAUUGUAUUCGCAAAGUUUGGUGCCAUUCCUCCAACAAAUGCUAAAAAUUCCUAAUAACCCACAAUCUCCAGUACUCGUCCAUUGCAGUGCCGGUGUAGGUCGAACAGGAACCAUAAUUCUAUGCGACAUCUGCCUUCGUAUGGCGGCUGGUGAGGGUUCCAUAGACUUUUUAGCAAAUUUGGAACACCUGAGGAGCCAGCGGCCAAACAUGGUCGAUAAUGUUGAACAAUACAAGUUAGCUCAUUUAGUGGUACUCGAAUGCUUGUUCGGCAUGCAUACGUCUGUACCAUGUGAUGAAAACAUGAAUAAGGCUAUCACAAAAAUAUUAUCCGGCGAUAGCGUUGCCAAUCAGCUGAGAUAUUUGAGUGACACAGAAUGGGAGGAUAGAGCUAUGGAUACUAUUUGGAGCAAGGACAAUACGCCGGUAUAUCCGGAAAAAAAUAGAUUUGAGGAUAUCGUACCAGAUAAGAACUACCAAAUUCGCCUGAAAUAUUAUCCUCAUACUGACGAAUCGUCAUCUUACAUCAACGCCGUGCAAGUAGAUGGUUUUCGGAGUCCGGGCAGAUUUAUUGUUUCCCAACAACCCUUACCAAACACUGUUGGAGAUUUCUGGAGAAUGGUAUGGGAGAGACAGUGCACUGUAAUCGUGUCUCUCAACGAAAUCGACCGAAAAAACGUGACUUCUUGUCGGUUUUGGCCAGAAAAGGGAUCCGAAAUGACUCCAGUAGACUACCUAAGGGUCAGUUGUAUAAAUACUAAAGAGUUGGAAUCUUACCGAAUCAUCACUGUAGAAAUGAUAAAUAAAAAAGAAAAUGAAAGUAUGGAAGUAAAAAUAAUAUCUAUGCACGAUUGGAUGCCUAGUGAAUUGUUACCAACCAGUGUUGAAAACUUUUUAACGUUUUGGGAGGAAUGUGACAUUUUAUCAAGAAAGUCCGACACAGUUAUUGUGACAUGCUACGAUGGAGCUACAGCUAGUGGCCUUUACAUAGCAUCGACAUUUUUGAUAGACAAAAUGAAGUUGGAGCAGGAAUGUGAUGUUUGUCUGGCCGUUAGAACUAUACGACAUAACAGGAAACAGUUUGUCGCCAGUGAAGAGCAAUUUACUUUCCUUUAUCGAGUUGGACUGAUGUACAUAGAAGGUUUUGAGUCUUAUGCAAACUUUUCUUAAAUCCUUACAGCCAGGACGUCCAUCAGCAACCCAAGCGGGAGGCACCGUAGAGGAGCAGCAUUCAUUUUUUUUAUUUUGAUUAUCAAUAAACAAAUCACUAAAUAAUUUGCAUACAGGUACAGAUUGUCCCUUUCGGUGUACAAGCCAUUAAAAUCAUAAAUGGAAAACAAACGAACGUAACUACUGAAAAUUAGGUCUCAAAAUUACAUAAUCUAAGCCCAUGGUCUAUUUUAGGUGCCAAUUUGGAACAACUAUAUUAUCAAUAUCAAUUCUUUUUGCCGUCGGACUCUAUUCAUCUUCAAAAUUGUAUGGAUCAUUUACUUAAACUGUUUUAUUUUAAUUUUUAAACUAAUUAUUAUUAUUGUUUUUUUUUUCAAUUAAUGUGAACAAGAAUAGUAAUUUUGCACUUUUUGCUAAUUAAUCUAUAAUAAUUUAAAAAGAAUCGCAUUAAGCCUGGUACGAAUGUUACAACGAAAGCGAAAAUAUAUCUUAGCGAAAUCCUGAAAAUUGCAUUUAUAAGAAAUUUUAUUAUUCGUAUAAGAAAAAAUGUGCUACAGAAAAAAUUUAAGGAAUUUAUAUCAAAUUUUAUUAUUUCCUCGGUCAAGUCGAUUAGGUACCAUAGGACGCUUUCUCAAUAGUAGGACGUUUUCUCAAUUGGAUAGUAAUUAUACAGUAACUAGGUAUUGAAAUAAAGCAUACACUCAUACAUGAUACAUUGAAUGCGGAAAUUUUUUACGAAGUGGCAAAAACAGUGUUUAUCCAGAAUAUAGUUCAUAUAAGAAUUUUAGGUAUUACCGAAAAAUUUUAAGUAAUUUUUGCUAAUAUUUAUUUAUAUAAAUUAUU